CGUCGGUUAGCGAAUGGUGGGGCGCCCUGGCUUUCACACCAGAAGCAACGUAUAUAGAAACGGGGGGCGGGCCGCCGGGGUGGUACACAAACAAGAUGGCGGCGGCCGGUAAGGUGGCAGCGAAAGAGUCACACGUGGGGAAAAAGAAAAAGCCUCCAGGUCGUUACUGGCACAAGACAAAAGAUGGAAAACAGGCUGCUGAUGCACAGCAGCAGAAGCGUGACACUACGUCAACAAAAAAGAGAAAGAAACCAAACGACGAUGGACAAGGAAAACACUUUGUAUCUGGGAAACGGGAUGCUUUCCCAGGACCUGCUUCUAUUCCAGAGGCUAAGCUGCAGAAGUUCACAAGGGAAGGGAAAACGAUAGAUCAGGUCUCCAAGCAUCACAUAAAACUAAAAGAAGCCAUUGCUCGUUCAGAUGAAACCUCUGAAAUGGCCCAAAAACAAGCUGCCCGGUUUGACCUUCUACUCCCGGAGGAAGCAGGGUUGUUAGAAGGAGACGAAGAUGAGGACACAUGUACCAUCUCACAGCAAGAUAUCGCAGACGCUGUGGAUAUUUCGUCUGGGGCCAAGUAUUUUAACCUGAAUCUAUCUCAAUUUGGACCAUACCGACUGGAUUACAGCAAGACUGGACGUCACCUGCUACUUGGUGGGAGGAGAGGCCAUGUUGCUUGUCUCGAUUGGCAAUCCAAACAGUUGAUGUGUGAGAUAAACGUGAUGGAGUCCAUCAACGAUGUUCGAUGGCUUCACACUGAGGCCAUGUUUGCAGUGGCUCAGAAAAAGUGGCUGCACAUCUACGACUCAAAGGGAAUAGAGCUUCACUGCAUCCGCAAGUUCAACGACGUCCUUCGCAUGCAGUUUCUGCCCUACCACUUUUUGUUGGCCACCGCUAGCGCGACAGGUUUCCUGCAAUAUCUUGAUGUAUCCGUGGGAAAAGAGGUUUCCGCCAUCUGCACCAAAACGGGCCGCCUUGACGUGAUGUGUCAGAACCCCUACAAUGCUAUCAUCCAUCUUGGCCACCCCAACGGCACACUCACCCUCUGGUCGCCCAAUCAAAAAGAGGCCCUCGUCAAGAUGCUCUGUCACCGGGGAGGAGUGCGUUCCGUUGCCGUGGACAAAACUGGAACAUAUAUGGUGACGUCAGGCAUGGACAAAAAGCUGAAGGUGUUUGACGUCAGAACUUUCCAGCCCCUCAAUUCUUACUUCCUCCCAGCUGGAGCUUCCUGUUUGUCGCUGAGCCAGCGGGGGUUGCUGUCUGCAGCCACGGGGGAUGUCGUCCAGGUAUACAAGAAUGUGUGGAGUUCGCCGGUGACCAAACCCUACAUUGCCCACAGAGUACGGGCUGCCGCAUGGGAGGUACACUUUUGCCCCUUUGAGGAUGUGCUCGGGGUCGGCCAUGGACAAGGCUUCACUAGCAUGCUCGUACCAGGAGCAGGUGAGCCUAACUUUGAUGGCCUGGAUUCAAAUCCAUACCGCAGUGCCAAACAGAGGCAGGAAUGGGAAGUUAAAGCCCUGCUGGAAAAGAUUCAGCCGGAGCUUAUCAGUUUAGACCCCACUGAACUGGCAAAGGUUGAUCUUGGCACCUUCCAGCAAAGGCACCAAGACAGAGUGCAAGCUUUGGGCUACGAUCCUCUUGCCAAAGAAAGAUUUGUCCCCAGGUAUAAGAAAAAAGGUCGUAGCUCAACAGGCAAUGUGGAAAGGCGAAAGAAUAAAGUGGCUGAUGCUGACAAGAGGGAUCUAAUCGUGAAAAGUAUGGAGGACAAAAUGAAGAUGGAGGAAGAAAGAAAAGCAAAGGAAAAGAAGAAGGCAGCAUUCGCCAGCCGAAAAUCAGCUCUGGACAGAUUCCAAAAAUAGAAGAGGAGCCAUUGUGCUACAAAAACACUGGCAUCCGGUUGAGAAUGAAGCACCUCCUGUGUGUGGGCAAAACAAGUCAUGCCACAAACCCGGAAGGGGGAAAUUACUUCUGAUGCGUGGCAUUCAUUUGUAAUCAAUGGUGAGUGCAGCGGUAGGGCAGCUUUUUAAUGCCUAAAGCAUUUCCUGUCAACGCAGGAAAAUAUCAGCUGGGACAUGUUCCUGACCUUACUCGUGUGCUUUUAUAGCUGAGCUGACUCUCUAAUAAACAAAUAAACCAACUGUCAAAGCGCUUGAGUAUGACAUUAAAAAGAUAAAAUGGUAAUGGAGGUUAAAGUCAAAAAGGAAUGUCUACAAUUUAUAGCUUGUUGCAGACAGUGGAUAUUUGCCAAUGCCUUAUGAUUUAACAACUGAUCGUGGCCUUGCCUUUGUACUUUGUAUCUGUUGUGGGGAGUUAAUUCUGUUAAUGUUUUUUAUGUGUUCACAAUGUUUGUUUAUUCUGCAGUCGGCAGCAGUCAUACCAUAAGCCCACAAUGCCACGGAAACAAACGAAAUCAAUAGAAAAAUACUGUUCCUUAGUUUCAUAGAUGGUCCUACUGAUUAUUCAUGACACGAAGAAGUCAAAGAACAGCCACCACUUUAUCUCAUAACCAAGCUGUAGCUACACCGGUCCAGCAAUAACGCCACGAUUAGUACUGAUGUCCAGACUUUCAUUUAUUUCUCCUUCUCCACCGAUGACGUCACAAAAUCACGAGACACUGUGAAAACGUGUCCACCUGCUGAACACAGUGUAAAUGUCUCUGUCCAUAUAUACCAUGCGUUCCUGCUUCCACAUCUGUCCUUAAUGUCUUCCCGCUUCUUACCCACAACAGAGGUUUUCAGGGUGAGCAAAUGGGUUGGUUUAAGUAGCUCUUCACCUUUGGGCUUACUGAUGUUGUCAGUAGUGAGUGGACGACUGCUUAUUAUUGACAUGGCUUCAUAGAAAAACUUUCUCAAAGAAACAUCAUUCACUCUUCCAGAACUCUUGGAUAGGACCAAAGUCAUCCCACUUCUCACUGUCCUAAUCUGUCGCUCCCAUAUGACUGGCAUCCGGAACAUUCAGAACAAUGUCACACUGAUUCUCUGCUAAAUAAGUAGCAACUCUGUCCUUGUCUACUUCUGUUAAAGCUUUUGAGGGUUCAUUCUUGGCCCCUACAAAAUGUGUCCCUAGAUCAGAUCUGAUCUCCCUUACAGCUCCUCGGAUAGUUAUAUAACAUCUCAACGCAUUAAUGAAGGCAUCUGAUGUUAGAUCUUCCAGCAUUUCUAUGUGGAUCGCUCUUGAUGACAAACAAGUGAAUAUCAGUCCAUAUCUCUUACAUUCCUUCUGACCCUGCUUGGUUAGAAAGGGUCCAAAGCAGUCCAUUCCACAGAAUGAGAAUGGUGGUGAUGAGUCAACACGAUUCACAGGUAGUUCCGUCAUUUUCUGUAUUUCCGUUGGCCUGCGAGCUCUUCUGCAUGGAACACAUUGUCUGAUGUGAUUUCCCACAACCUUACUGCCGCCAACAACCCAGUAGCCAUUUGCUCUCAGUUCAUUCAGGGCUUGACCUAAGCCUUGAUGCUGAGUUUUCUCAUAAUAGUAAUCCAAAAUUAGGCUUGUGACGACACCAUCUUUUGGUAGAAUGGCAGGAUGUUUCAGGUCAACAGGUAAAGAAGCUGCUUUUAAUCUUCCUCCCACCCAAAGUACAGCCUCUUGCACCACUGGGUCAAGCUGGUACAACUGAUUAUUGUGUGACAGUUUUCCCUGCUUUAGCUUGUGCAACUCUUCUUUGAAAACAUCUUUCUGUGGUAAUCUCACAAGCACCAAACCAGCCUUGGUUGGAUACUCAGCCCUCUUCGCUUCACCACUCUCAAUGACGCCUGUCGUGAAUCUAACUUUGGGAUUUCUCUUCAUUUUCCUUUUCAAGUUCUUAAGUCGCACCAGACCGAGUCGCUUGUUUUCUGGUAGAUGUGGGCGUGUUUUAAAGGGAAGUGGCAUUUCCAAAUGCCCACCUGCGUUCCGCUGUUUUUUGGUUCAAGAUUUGCAUGAACUGAAUAUCAUCUUGUGAUAUUAUGUUCUUUCCCCCAUAGUUUGUGUCCUGCAAAUCAGGUUUGAGUACUCUGAUAACAGCAACUGGUGAUAAUGACGGCAGUACUUUGACCGACACACGAUUGCAAAGACCUGUCAACUCUGUUGAUUUAGCAAUCUUUGGUGAGCUGCCCACAAUGCUCCAUCCUAAAUCAGUCUUAAUAGCAUCAGGCUCUUCAUCACCACCUGUAAUGACAUGACGUGGUGCUAAUGCUCUACUGCAGUCAUAGCCUAUUAAGACUCCAACUUCACAAUCUAACAACUGUGGUAUUUCCUGUGCUACAGCUUUCGGGUGUUUCCAUCUUUUAGCCGUUGCAGGUGUAGGAAUGUAGGUGCGUUCAUAUUUACACUGUGUUCCUGCUUCCACAUCUUCCCGCUUCUUACCCACAAUUCCCCACUGCUUCAAACUAGACCAGGGUCAUGUGACCGUCACAAUAAAAUGUCUUCACAAAGGUUUUUAUACAACAAAACCAUUUUGCAUCGCACAGUUCACGUUAUUUACAACAAACUCGUUUAAGUCUUAUUUAUUCUUAUAUUUACAUUUGUAUUUAGUAACCUUUUUUAGUUACAUGAAAUCAAAUGUAUUUUGUAUUUUGAAACGUGAAACAUAAAUUUACAUGUAUAAUGAAAUGUGUCGUUCUGACAGUUACACAAGCCUUCCAAAGAACAGCCACCACCACUUUAUCUUCUUCCUGACAUGCAUUUCCUGGUGCUGGUUAAAUAUUACACAUUCACAGUGCUAGUGUAAGCAGCAUACUUUGACUCGUGAGAAGCUGCUUUGAAAUGUGGUGUGACAAGACAAAAAAGCCGGGAAUCACGGAAAGCUUGAGACUUUAUUGAAUGACCACAUUCCAGUCAUAUUUCUUGUGGGUCAACAAAUAAUUUUUUCUUGUUUAGGCAUAAAUUGGAUUUGAUUGAGUGUGGCAGAACAAGCUGAGGUUGAACUGUAGAUUUGUUAAUAACAUAUUGGCACAACCCUCAGUCAAUGUUUACUCAUGAACACAAAUACUGUUUGGAUUGGGACAAUGGGGACUCGGUGCAUCAUGUAUAAUGUGUUAUACAUACAGUACGUGUUGCAAUUGUGUGUUUUUGUUAACUACAGAUAUUACAAUUUCUGAAGUUAGAGAAAAGCACAAUCCAUCCACCCUUAAUAUGCCUAACAUUUGUACCUGUUGCAUUUGUUUGAUUUUCCAAGAAACUUUGUUAAUUUCCUUCCGAUUUGAAUACGUGUUUUAAGAAUUUACAAUAAAAUGAGCUCAAGCACA